AUGGAGCGCACCAUGGGUGACUUACAGCUCAUGCCCGGGGCCACAAAGGAAGUCCCUGCUCCAGACACCGCAUGCUGCCGAGUGGCCCUCUCUGCUAUUGUGGCCACCAGCAUCGUCAUCGUCACCCUGGGAGUCCUUGUGGCCUCCCUCUCUACACAGGGCGUCGAGGUGGAGCACACGGCCCAGCUGGGGGGCAUCCGCUACGCACCCAGCCUGCAGAGGGACACCUCCGCCUUCUACCGCGCGCUCACGCCCGCCCUGGAGAUGCUGCUUCACUUUCUGCUGCAAGCCCUCGGGACGCUGAGCCUGGGCCUGGAGGAGGAGCUGUUGCAACGGGGACUCAGCUCGAGGCUGUGGGGACACGGCCUCCCCGUGGCCGACUACGGCACCAUUGUGUCCGCCCAGCUCGUAGGCAACCAGAAGGGGCCGAUGACAGAAAGAGACUUAAAAUCAGGUCGCUGUCCAGGGAACACCUUUUCCUGCGGGAACAGCCAGUGUGUCACCAAAGUGAACCCCGAAUGCGACGACAGAGUGGACUGCUCCGACGGAUCUGACGAGGCCCACUGUGACUGCGGUUUGCAGCCCGGCUGGAGGACAGCGGGCAGGAUCGUGGGCGGCGUGGAAGCGUCCCCAGGGGAGUUCCCGUGGCAAGUCAGCCUCCGAGAAAACGGCGAGCACUUCUGCGGGGCCACUGUCGUCGGGGCCAGGUGGCUGGUGUCGGCCGCCCACUGCUUCAACGAAUUCCAAGACCCCACCGAAUGGGUGGCCUACGCGGGCAUGACCCGCCUCAGCGGCUCGGAGGCCAGCACGGUGCGGGCCCGCGUGGCCCGGAUUCUCAGGCACCCCCUCUACAACCCCGACACGGCCGACUUCGACGUGGCGGUGCUCCAGCUGGGCCGCCCCCUGCCCUUCAGCAGGCACGUGCAGCCUGUGUGCCUCCCGGCCACCACGCACGUCUUCCCGCCCAGGAAGAAGUGCCUGAUCUCGGGCUGGGGCUACCUCAAGGAGGACUUCCUGGUGAAGCCCGAGACGCUGCAGAAGGCCGCUGUGGAGCUGCUGGACCAGGCCCUGUGCGCCAGCCUCUACGGCCACUCGCUCACCGAGCGGAUGCUGUGCGCCGGCUACCUGGACGGGAAGGUGGAUUCCUGCCAGGGCGACUCCGGAGGCCCCCUGGUCUGCAAAGAGCCCUCCGGAAGGUUCUUCCUGGCUGGCAUCGUGAGCUGGGGGAUCGGGUGUGCAGAAGCCCGGCGGCCGGGGGUCUACGCCCGCGUGACCAGGCUGCGCGACUGGAUCCUGGAGGCCAUCGCCACGGGGAGCAGGCCUCCGGCCCCCACGGUGGCUCCUGCCCCCACCACCUCCAGCACUGCCUGGUCCACCAGCCCCGAGAGCCAGGGGGUCGACACCCCCACCCAGCCCACACUGGCCCCCAGCACUGCGCCUCCAGACUCCGUCACCAUCUCUAAGCCACAAGAGUGCGGGGCCAGGCCGGCGAUGGAGAAGCCCAACCGGAUCGUGGGUGGCUUCGGGGCGACCUCUGGGGAGGUGCCCUGGCAGGUCAGCCUGAAGGAGGGUUCCCGGCACUUCUGCGGAGCCACCGUGGUGGGGGACCGCUGGCUGCUGUCGGCCGCCCACUGCUUCAACCAGACAAAGGUGGAGCAGGUGUGGGCCCACCUGGGCACCGCGUCCCUUGUGGGCGUGGGUGGGACCCCCGUGAAGAUGGGGCUCAAGAGGGCAGUGCUGCACCCCCAGUACGACCCCGGCCUCCUGGACUUUGACGUGGCCGUCCUGGAGCUGGCGGGGCCCCUCGUCUUCAACCAGUACGUCCAGCCCGUCUGCCUGCCCCUGGCCAUCCAGAAGUUUCCCGUGGGCCGCAAGUGCAUGAUCUCCGGAUGGGGCAACACGCAGGAGGGAAACGCCACCAAGCCUGACACCCUGCAGCGGGCGUCUGUGGGCAUCAUGGACCAGAAGGCGUGCAGCGCGCUCUACAACUUUUCCCUCACGGACAGGAUGAUCUGCGCGGGCUUCCUGGAGGGCAAGGUCGACUCCUGCCAGGGUGACUCUGGGGGUCCCCUGGCCUGCGAGGAGGCCCCCGGCGUGUUCUAUCUGGCGGGGAUCGUGAGCUGGGGCAUCGGCUGUGCUCAGGCCAAGAAGCCCGGCGUGUACUCACGCAUCACCCGGCUGAAGGGCUGGAUCCUGGACACCAUGUCCUCCCGGCCCGUCCCCACGCCUCCCCCCGCCACCACGAGGACGCCCGCCACCACCAGUCAGGCCCCCAGGACGACGGCCGGCCUCACAGCCCCGGGCGGCACGGCCAGCGGACCAACCCGCCCGGCCACCAGCAGGGCGACCAGCCAGCCUGCCAUCCGGACCACCACCACCAUGACCACCACCGCCAGGGGACAGACGCCACCUCCAAACGCCCCAGGGACCACCGUGGGCUCCCAGCUUCCAGACUGCGGCCUGGCGCCGGCGGCGGCGCUGACCAGGAUCGUGGGCGGCAGCGCCGCGGGCCGCGGGGAGUGGCCGUGGCAGGUGAGCCUGUGGCUACGGCGCCGGGAGCACCGCUGCGGGGCCGUGCUGGUGGCCGAGAGGUGGCUGCUGUCGGCGGCGCACUGCUUCGACGUCUACGGGGACCCCAAGCAGUGGGCGGCCUUCCUCGGCACGCCGUUCCUGAGCGGCGCCGACGGGCAGCUGGAGCGCGUGGCGCGCAUCUACAAGCACCCCUUCUACAACCUCUACACGCUCGACUACGACGUGGCGCUGCUCGAGCUGGCGGGGCCCGUGCGCCGCAGCCGCCUGGUGCGCCCCAUCUGCCUGCCCGAGCCCGCGCCGCGGCCCCCCGACGGCGCGCGCUGCGUCAUCACGGGCUGGGGCUCGGUGCGCGAGGGAGGCUCGAUGGCGCGGCAGCUGCAGAAGGCGGCCGUGCGCCUCCUCAGCGAGCAGACGUGUCGCCGCUUCUACCCCGUGCAGAUCAGCAGCCGCAUGCUGUGCGCCGGCUUCCCGCAGGGCGGCGUGGACAGCUGCUCGGGUGACGCUGGGGGACCCCUGGCCUGCAGGGAGCCCUCCGGCCGGUGGGUGCUAACUGGGGUCACCAGCUGGGGUUAUGGCUGCGGGCGGCCCCACUUCCCAGGUGUCUACACCCGGGUGGCUGCCGUGAGAGGCUGGAUCGGGCAGAACAUCCAGGAGUGACCACCACGUGGCUGCCCAGGCCUGGGACGAGGGAUGUAAAGGCAGCAGGAGCCAG